AUGGAAGCAUCAGUCGCCUACGCUUUAUUUUUACACCGCCAGGAGCUGCAGCGCCGCCAGAUGCUCUACGUCCAAGUGUCCAAGACCAAAAUCCAACUGACCAAGGAGCUGAUAGCCGAGCAAAAGCAACGCCUGGCCACCUGCUCACCGGAGGAUCUGCAGAUCCUGAGCAGGGAAACGCAGUUCAAACGGCAACUUCAGCAGAAACUUAAGCACCGGAACAAACAACUGAAAGCGAUUGCAAAGCAGCAGGAGAGACGAGGAUAG